AUGUCCGCACAUGUUAUUCCGUUACUCCACGAGGCAGCUUCCAAAACUGUCAAAACCCACCUCUCGGGCGCGACAAUGGCAGAGCUGACGGUGGAGCAGCAAAUACAUCUUAUGGCAGCGAGCCCACACUCGCCAGAGAAGCCGUCCCUCAGCGAGAUGACCUCGAAUCGGUGCUCGGUUGCGUCGACCACCAAGUCGACUCUCCGCCACUCGAAUCAGCUCCUCAUUGAAAUGCUCCAGAAUAUCCAAGCCGAGCUUUCAGCCCACCGAUCAAUCCUACUUGACGUCCAACAUCGUGUCUCUCAUCUAGAGCAUGAAUCGGUGGCAAGCAUCAACAACGACCCGCCACAACUUGCAGCACUUCAAGCCCUCGAGGGACGUGGCUCUAAACGAAACAGCAAGUUAGUUCCACCAGAAGGCCAGGUCUGGUGGCAAGCAUGCCAGAAUUUUGCCAGAAAUUCCGAUCCGCCACUGAGUGCAACUGAGUUUCUGCGAACUCCAAGGCGGCUCUCCGGUAUUGAUUGGCAAUCGAGUCGGCCAUCCGCGAAGCCUCGAACACCCCCAGCAACUCCUCCGGAAGUGGAAGAUCUUCCUCCACUGACACCCACUUCAGAGGAUAGUAAUCACAAUGAUGUUGAUCAGAGUGAUGUCGAUACUCCACACGUCGAGCACGAUAUUAGAAUUGAGGUCGAUGAGAUUAUUACGUCAACUCCCUGGCAAUCGGGGGAUAUUGAGACGGAAGAUGACAUCAAAGAGAGCACCGUCGAGAUCGACAAGAAGAAGUUACCAGUACCACCAACCCUUCUACCACCUCCAGGCGGAAAACAAAUUACAGUAAAUAACGAAGCGGUCAUCACAGUGGAAGAGACUGUGAGCCAUGUCGACAAUUUGCACAGAUACUACAAGGGCCGGAGAAGCUUAGUAACUUAUCGGGCACUUAUGAAGAACCAAAAAACAGAAAAGGGUUGGCGAAUCCUCUAUCUAUUAUCGAGCAUAAUUACUCACAUCUUCCCAGAGCACCUUGUCCUCAUCCAUUUCCACAAAGCGACCUAUUUAAAGGACGCCAAAUAG